CGCGGCCCAUUCGCCUCCCGUGGCACCUGCCUUGAAUCCCUGUGGCACCUGUCCCCGGGCCUCCCUCUGGCGACGCCUCCAGCCCCACGUGCCCUGGCAAGACCCCAUGCCCGCGGACGAGGCUUGCAAGGUGUAUCAGGCUGCUGGUCACAUCUGGAUUGUUGGCAACCUCUCGUGCACGGUGCAGGAUCAGGGUAUUUGGGCAUCGGGUAAUUUUUAAGAAGUAAACAGCAAUGUCGGGGUCGGAGGCAGCAGCAAUCCAAGUACUGACUCGUGCAGUGCAGCUUGAUGGUGAGAAGAAAUUUGCAGAGGCUUUAGCUUGUUAUGAACAAGGCAUCAGACUACUCCUGCAAGCAGCUAAAGAGGUCAAAGAUGAAACAAAACGUAGUCACUUCAAGAAAAAGACAGAAGAGUACCUGGCACGAGCAGAAGUGAUGAAAGAGGCGGUAAAUAAACAGAAAGAAAUUGGGCGCACGCACAGGCAAAUUCAGAUUGAAAAUGGUGACACAGGCUACAGUUAUGAGACUAUUUUUAGUCCUCUAAUAGACAAAACUUUAUCAAAUGUAGUUGUGGUGGACGCAUAUAUACGAUCAACUCACCAGAUCUACAACUUUCUGCACUUUUGUGAGUUGUUUGUCCAUAAAGCUGAAUGCCUGAAGUCAAUCACUUUGCAGACAACCCAAGACCCAACUGAUCCCAGAGUACAGAAUGAACGAUUAGAUGAGAUUAUAAGGUCUCUACGGAAGCAUAAUGUAAAUUUGACCAUCAAUUUUUCUGAAACUCUUCAUGAUAGAGAAAUAAGAUUUGACAGUGGUUGGAUCAUCAAGAUCGGACGAGGGCUAGACUAUUUCAAGAAGGCAGAUGGUCGCUUCUCCAUAGGCUGGUCAGAUUACCACUUUCGAGAGUGUCAUCAAACCACCAUAGAUAUCUUCCACCAGCAGACUGUGAAAUGAUAGACUUUUGUACAUGAUGCAAUAAGUGCCUUUAAUUCCCAUUGAUUCUUCUUCAGGAAUGUAAUAUUCCUCUCCAUAGUACAAUGCACGGGUAUGCUAUUCUCGGUCACAAAUUGUCACGUUUUCUCUUUAAACUGAAGAAGUGGUUUCCAUAAAUUUGUUGUCUGAAGUAAGACUAAAUGGGGGGGAAAUGAAGUUUUUGGUGUGGAGAAAAUUGGGGAGAAAUCACCAUAUUGACAAUGCAUGUUGUGAAAAAAAUACUUAAAAUGCUUGACCAUCAGGUUAUAAGAUGGAUAUCGACAUUUAUUUUGAUAUGAAAUUGGUGCUAUGCUUCAUGAUACACAGUUGAUUUUUUUAUUAAUUAUACAUUACAUACAAUAUAUGGUGAUCCUUUAAUAUUGUAUCGCCUUAAUUGUUUUUAAAAAUGGGAGACGUUUUUAAAGCUUUGAUAACAAUCUUAAGUGAUUUAUUCUAUAUUCCUAUAGGUUACAAAUGUUCUGUGAUUUAAAGACUUAAUACAUUGUUAUACAUUUUAAUAAUGAUGGAUUUAUAAUGC